AUGAAUAUGCGCGUCAUUGCCUUAGCUUCGAAUGAGCUGCAACACGAAGCUAAGUCGUGCAGUCGUAUGAAGUCGGAAAGAUUGGGAUCGUCCCGGGAGGGUGCCGAUCGUGAGAUCCCUCUCGAACCCCCCCUGCAAGCCUCCGCAUGCCUUGGGUCUUGGAAGAUGUUCACUGGCAAUGUAUUUUUGGUUAGCGCCGUUCUCGAGAUCGUGUUCUUUGUCGUUCUCUGUGGGUCAAAGCUGGGGAACAACAUGGAGGAGAGCGAGGAUCAUUUUCUGAAUGGCGCUGUAAAACGGCUGGAAAUCCAUGAGCGUUUCAUCGAGUUUGGCGGUACAGUACCCCAACCCCACCAAGGCCCACCUUUUGCUCGCCUCGGCAUCACUCUCACCUCUCACCGCCCACAGCUGAAUGUGCACCAUGGGGCUCAGCCUUUCUUAGCUUCGAGCGCUCGGACUUCGAGCGAGUUCUUGCAUCUUUUCCUGUUCCCUCCCCAACGACCCAACCAGCUUUUCUAUAUAACAGCACUUCUGCAUGCCCCUUCCCAUUCUCCCUUGAUCUACGACUUCUUGUCGUCCAGUCUGCCGGCCCCAAUCGUCAAGAAGCGAAGGUUCAGGAGCUUCUGCCAGAAGCGCACAGAGAAGGAGGAAUAAGGAGGAAUAAGGGGGAAAACAAAAAGACGCCCCGGCAGAACGAAACUUCUUGAAAAGUGCCCCC